UUUGCCCAAAACUCCCCAAUAAUAAUUAUAUUUUUCAUGUUGUUAUUUUCUCGAUUCCAUUUAGAUUUCCCUCCAUCCAAUUUGCUAUUUUUUCUUUUUUCGUCACGCUCAAUAUUUUCUCCUCUUUUUUACAUUGCGAAUUUCGCCUGUCUUCUUUUUAUUACUUCUCCCAUCCCUCGCGCUUAGUUCACACCACCCUACCUAGCCGCUUUGAGAAGAAGAAGCGCAAAAAGCCAAAUCCGCGAAAAAAUGAGUUCGAGUAUACUGCAGGGUGCCAUUCCCAUCUUGGCGUACUGUGGGUCAUCCAUCACAAUGACCCUGGUCAACAAGCUGGUUCUGUCCAAUUUCCAGUUCCACAUGGUGUUCUUUAUGCUUGCCGUGCAGGCCUUUGGGAGCGUCGGGCUGAUGGUAGUCGCCAACAAGGUCGGGCUCAACGUCAAGUAUCGCGCGAUGAACAAGGCCGACGCGAAAACGUGGUUCCCUGUUGCCUGCUCGCAGGCGCUCAUGCUGUACACCGGCGGAAAGUCGCUUGAGUAUCUGAACGUACCUCUGUUUACUGUGUUUAAGAACUUGACCAUCAUCGCUGUUGCGUACGGCGAGAAAUGGGUGUUUCACGCGGCUGUCACCCCCCUGAUGCUCACUUCUUUUGGUCUGAUGGUUCUGUCCUCGCUGGUCGGCGCAUGGAAUGACAUCGGAUUUAACGGGUGGGGCUACUUUUGGAUGACCGCUAACUGCUUCGCCUCGGCAACCUUUGUCAUCCACAUGCGCAAGGUUAUCAAGCAGGUCAAUUUUAAGGACUUUGACACCGUGUACUUUAACAACCUGCUGACCCUGCCACUGUACUUGGUGCUCAGCAUGGUGCAGGAGAACUGGUCGGGCUUCUUCGUGUAUUACUCGGACAAGGCCAAUGCCGAUGAGCUCAACUCGUUUGUCCAGGGUAUGUUGGUUUCGGGAAUUGCUGCUUUUGCCAUUUCGUACUGCUCGCCGUGGUGUCUGCGCACCACCUCGUCGACAACGUACUCCAUGAUCGGCGCCCUCAACAAGCUGCCUAUUGCUAUUUUUGCCAUGCUCUGGUUCCCCGAUCCCGUUAGCGCUGGUGGCGUGCUUGCUGUCCUGCUUGGCUUUGCUGCUGGUCUGGUGUACACCCACGCCAAGAAUGUUCAGAAGCGGGAUCAGCCGAGCAGCGCUCAGGGUCUGCCCCGUCCCAUCUCGAUGGAUAGACUUGAUGGCGCAAACCGCCAAAACAAAUAGACAUGAGUAGUGUUAUUCUUUAUUUUCAAAAUACAACUUGG